UAUGUAUGAACUGUGUGUGGGCAGCGUGGCAGAGACAAAAGAGUCACAGAUUGCUAAUCAACGAAACAGUUUUUUUCUUUUUUCCUCGUCUUGUCUGACCGUACACUGUCUCGUUUAGUAAAUACAACUUCCAUUUCCUCCCAACCUUCUAUCUUUCUCUUUCUGUUCCUCAGUUUUUCAUACCCAGGAUCCUGGUACGGCUCUGUUUCACUCUCUCUCUUGUCUUUCUAGCUGAGAAGAAGAAGAAAAAGAAGAUGGUGUUGGAAGCAACAGCGAGGAAUCAGGAUUGUCUCCCACCAGACUUGUUCGUCUUCAAUACAAUUCUGGCUUUCUUUAAUGGUUUUCUUGCUGUAGUUGCAUUUUCUCAGGAGAGUUAAAACUGUCCGUCUAAUUUGUUGGAUGAUGGAUAUCUGGGCCCACUUCCUCUUUAUGAUACACAUAUUGAAAGCCAAAACCAUUAGUGUUACCAAAUGUUGAUUCGAAAUGCUUGUCAGGAUGCACAUGCGGAAUCGAGAAGAAGGAUGGACACGCCAAAAAGUACUUCAUUUUAUGGUCGGCAGUUCCAACUUGGGUUACUUGAUAUAUUUUAUAUCUGCCCUUAUUGCAACUUGUCAGAAGUGGGUUUGCUGGUCUAAUGUGUGUGGGUUUAUCCUUAUGGCCUACCCCAAAAUUCUGUUUCUUGCAGCAUUUCUUCUGUUCCUAUCUUUCUGGGUCGACCUCUGCCAUCAGGCAAAUGAUGAUGAGGAUGAUGACACUGACAAUAGCAUUCAACAAGCAUUGCUGGAAAAUUCUAAGAAUAAACCUGAUUUGUUAAAUACAGAUGUGCAUUGGAGUUGUUGCUCAUUUGAAAGCCUUCAUGUUGGGAUCCACCAAAAAUUUGUGAUUGUGGUUGUCAUUCUCAUCUGUGCCUUGAUGAUAACAUUCGGUCUGGUAGUCUGGAUUGGUGCAGGGAAGAAUCCAAUUGAUUCUUCACUAGUUGCUCAGGUAUAUGAAGACUUUCUUGCCAUAGCUGUUAUUUUACUUGGAGGAGCAUUGGGUUGCUAUGGUUUAAUGUUAAUUUUAAAAUUGAGAAAAGUACGAUCUGAGCAAGCUUCAUCAGAGAUGUGGAAGGUUGCUGGUUUAGCAGUUACAUCUGUAAUAUGCUUUACGCCAAGUGCUUUAGUAGCCCUUUUUACAGAUAUUCCACUUUAUUAUCAUUGGCAUCUGAAGAAAAUCUAUGGAGUGAACUCACUGGUUUUUCUGAUUUUGUACUAUUUUAUAGGCUCUUUGGUGCCCUCGGCUUUUGUGUUAUGGAUCAUGAGAGAGUUGCCACCGCCAAUCAGUAAUCAACCGAAACAAGCAAGAGUAAUAACAUUUGUCAGCCAUGGCACAGCUGAGACCAGUCCUCGUCAGCUAUGGGCUUCUGCAACAAGUUCAAAGAAUGAGGCGCUGCGAUCAAGUCCAAUAUGAGAAGGAUUUCGAUGCUUACUAUAAAGUUCCAUCCCCUUGCCUUUGCCAUCUCUAAAGAACACAAGAAGAUCUGCAGAAAUGCAGUCUCAUCAUUCAAAUUAUAUGUGCCUGUUGGUUGCGAUGGCAUUGCAGUACAAACUUCGAUUGAAGCAUUUUACAGGUGAACACAUAGCUCUGGCUGCUGCUCCUUUUAGGCAUGCAUUUGUUCGUGUGCAUAGUUUCCGUCGCAGGAUUGCCAGAGAGGAAAAUUUGCUAAUGAUUUUCCGGUUGGAACCAUGAACUGUGAUUGUACUGUAUAUUAUAUAUUUUUUGACAUUUAUUUUUAAUUGUACAUCCCUCUAACAGGUAGAUGCCACUAAACAUUGUAUUGUUAAGAUGACAAACCGGGAUAUUAGAGAUGUUAUAUACAUUGAUGCAUUACAAUAAAAAAAGACUGGAGGUGUUAUACAAUACAAACUGAUCUUUGUUGCUAAAGGAGUUUCAGAAACCAAUGGAAACAAAUUUUUUUUAUGUUUAA